AUGCCACCAAUUCCCGGAGGCCCAGCUGAUAUAUUCGGCUUCACUGCUGUCGAGGCAUCUGCGGAGAAGCUCUUCGACCGGAUUGGGCUUCGAGAUAUGCAUCCACCUCCGGUUAUACCAGUCUCAGAAACCCCGAUUCCCCAGACAAUCCUAGCAGGACGAAUACAGGGGUAUGCUAGGGUCCAUCUUCCUACUCCCACAUUCCACCACUGUAUGAGAGUAUAUCACCUCGGAAUUGCCAUGAAGCGUUAUGCGUUCCCAACCUGGGCAUUCACUGACGAAACUUACUUUAUUACUUGCAUGCUACACGACAUUGGAACUACAGAGAAUCACCUUCGAGCUUCUCGUAUGAGUUUUGAACUUUAUGGCGGUUUUAUUGCCAUGGACUUGCUUCAAUAUCCUAUUAAUGAGCAUGCUUCCACCAUCAUUGAUCCUGAAAAGAGAGUCACCGCGUCAAAUGCGCUUGCUGAAAGCGUUGUUGAAGCUAUUAUGCGGCACCAGGACAUACGUGAUACCGGAAAGAUCACCGCUUUGGGGCAAUUGAUCCAGCUCGCCACUAUCUUUGACAAUAUCGGAGGGCAUGAACAGUUGCUUUCACCGGAAACAGUAAAGGAUGUUAUUAAGCAUUACCCACGCAUGCAGUGGAACAAUUGUUUUGCUGCUACAAUUCGCAAGGAAAUCUCCCUCAAGCCAUGGGCACACUCUACCACUCUUGGUGCUGAUGAGUUCCCAUCGCGCAUCGAGAAUAAUCCUGUUGGUUUAAAGUUUGAGAGUCUGGAAGAAAGUGUUGAUGAAGAAGGUGGUAUAGCUGGAGAGGUCAAAGGCACGGAUGAUAAGUAA